CUGGCCUCAGCCAAUCAGCACGCACGCCGGGACGCGCAGGGUGAACGUCCUGUGACGUCCUCGCUACGUACGCUUUAUCAGUCGUCUUCCCGCGCAGCUCUGUCUCUGUGUUCUCUGCUCUUCCGACAUCUCUCUGUGUUCGGCUUUUUUACGUUUUAAUUUCCAGGACUUGAACUCGCUGCCAUGUCCUCUGAAGAAGGAAAGCUUUUCGUAGGGGGGCUCAACUUCAACACCGAUGAGCAGGCACUGGAAGACCACUUUAGCACUUUCGGGCCUAUCUCUGAGGUGGUCGUUGUCAAGGACCGGGAGACUCAGCGGUCCAGGGGUUUUGGUUUCAUCACCUUCACCAAUCCAGAGCAUGCUUCAGUUGCCAUGAGAGCCAUGAAUGGAGAGUCCCUGGAUGGUCGUCAGAUCCGUGUGGAUCACGCAGGCAAGUCUGCUCGGGGAACUAGAGGAGGUGCCUUUGGGGCCCAUGGGCGUGGUCGCAGCUACUCUAGAGGUGGUGGGGACCAGGGCUAUGGGAGUGGCAGGUAUUAUGACAGUCGACCUGGAGGGUAUGGAUAUGGAUAUGGACGUUCCAGUUCCAGAGACUAUAAUGGCAGAAACCAGGGUGGUUAUGACCGCUACUCAGGAGGAAAUUAUAGAGACAAUUAUGACAACUGAAAUGAGACAUGCACAUAAUGUAGAUGCACAAGGAAUAAUUUUUGAUCCAGGAUCGUCCUUCCAAAUGGCUGUAUUUAUAAAGGUUUUUGGAGCUACACUGAAACAUCUUAUUUUACAGUAUAUCAACCUGUUGUUUUUAAAUUGAGCUGUCAAGGUAGCCAAAGACCUUUUAGACACCUCUAUCUUUAAAAAAAAAAAAAUUUUCUGCCUGUUUAAAGACAAAUUACAUUUGUAGAGCCUGAGUAUUUUUCUUUUUACCAGUUUUUUAGUUUGAGCUCUCAGGAUUAUUGGAUCUAGCAAUAACUGGCAAGUUGAGCCAGAUUGAUUUCAAAAAAUUAAUAUGUAUCCAGGGACAUUUUAAAAACCUGUACACAGUGUUUAUUGUGGUUAGGAAGCAAUUUCCAAAUGUACCUACAAGAAAUGUGCAUCAGGCCAGCCUGACCAACAUGGUGAAACCCUGUUUCUACUAAAAAUACAAAAAUUAGCUGGGUGUGGUGGUGCGCGCCUGUAAUCCCAGCUACUCAGGGGGCUGAGGCAGGAGAAUCACUUGGACCCAGGUGGCAGAGGUUGCAGUGAGCCAAGAUCGUGCUACUGCCCUCCAACCUGAAAGAGCGAGACUCCGUCUCAAAAAAAAAAAAAAAAAAAAAGAAAAAAGAAAAAAAAGAAAAAAAAAAAAAAGAAAUGUGCAUCAAGAGCAUGAUUAUCCAGGGGGUGUUUUCUAAUUCAGAUCGCUGACCUGAUUAUAUAGAAGAGUGGCUUUAAAAUGUUUGCAAAUGUCUUUUUUUUUUUUUUAAUACUGGAAGAAAAAAUAUUCUGUUGUGUCUCAUAUAGUGUUUAGGAUGUCCUUCACAGAGCUUAUUAAAAAGAUGAACCUGAAAAUA